CAAAUUAAUUAAGCUGGCAACCCUACUUACAUACUACUCCCCCCUACUCACACCCUCUUAGUUUCCAUCAUGUUCUUCAGUUGAAUUUUUAGUUCCAUAAAUCCAUACUGAUUACUUCCAACAUGCCGAAUGGAAACCAAGUGGAAAAGUGCAGCAGGAAACCAGCUAGUAGAUAUUCACCAGAAUCUUCACCAAAGCAUAAGACUAUUCGAACCAAUCCAUCUCCCGAAGAACUUGUAUACAACAAAGAACUUAUGAAUAGAGAUGACCGAGGAACAAGAUCACAGCCCGGUAAUCACUCGGGGAUCGGUCGUGGAAGGGAAAGGCCGAUUAAUUUUGGAAAUUGCAGUUCCGGGCCAGUCGUUGGUGAGGCUCAAGCCUGUCCACGUCCGCCAAAUCCAAGUGGCAGGGCCACUUAUCACAGAAGAUCAGUUUCUACAUUGCCAAGUUUUUCUAAUGAAUACCAUCAUAAAACUCCUAAACCUGCAGAAAAUCCAGCAUUAAAAAUGGUGAAACAAUUAGUGAAAAAAACAUCGAAACCUACCGGCAAAGCCGCAGUUGAAGCCGCAUUAAAAAUUUCAGACAAAGCUCCAGUCAAUUCUUCAGCCAAAGCUUCAGUGAAUUCUUCAGCCAAAUCCGUGUCAAAAGCUGGAAUGAAAUCUAAUCCCAAACCAUCAUUGUCACCGGAUAUGUUUGAUGCAUCACCAUCACAGCCUCAACCUAGUCCUAGUGAUGAUGAUGCAUAUGCUCAACCCAUGCAUUCAAGCGGUAGCAGAUACAGCUUGGAUUCAAACAGAGAAUACUUUCCUCAAAAGGACAACGGAGAAGAUGAAAUGAAUGAUGAAGAAGCUAGUGAUGUGGAACAACAAACUAAUUUUGCUGAGAAUGAUCGGGACAGGAUUUCUGCAUCCAAUUUAUCUAGCACACCUAAAACAUAUAUUCACAAAAAAAGAUCUCGACUAGAGUUCAGAUCUCAUGAAGAGCAGAGUGAAGCUGCUCCCCAGCAUGAGUCACAGGAAGGAAGUGAGGGUGAAAAAUUUCAAAUAGAAGUCAACCAAGACUCUAUUUUUAAAUUAUUCAAACUAUUACCGAUAAUGCAAUCCACCUUAAACGAGGUAUUGCGGCGCAAAGGAAACACUAUGAGACAUUUGAAAUUGCUGGAUCAAAAAAUGGAAGACAUCACAAGAAAACUAGCAGGCGUAAACAACGCUGGACCAUCAGAAUCGGAGCAUGUUGCCAGGAUGCUGUCAAAACUACCGCUAAACUCAGUAGAUGAAAUGACUGAAUUUCUAGGAGAAAUCAAGGAUGCGAUUGCUGAUAAAUGCAUUACGAUUGAGUAUUUAGUAAGUAAAAAUUAA